AUGAUUUAUUUCCGCCAUUUUUCCAUCCUGAUAUCCACUCUCUUUAUCUUUUCAUUGUUAUCAGUUGUUAAAUCCAAUGAAUCCUCCAUUUAUGAAGUGCUUAAACUUCACGGGCUGCCCAUCGGCUUGCUUCCGAAAGGAGUAAAAGACUUCACCUUUGACAGUUCAGGGAAUUUCGAAGUUCAUUUAGAUCAAGCCUGCACUGCCAAGUUUGAAAAUGAACUGCACUACCAUAGGAAUGUUUCGGGCACCUUAAGUUACGGGCAGAUCGACGGGCUUUCUGGGAUCUCUGCUCAGGAUUUGUUCUUGUGGUUUCCGGUUAAAGAAAUCAGAGUCGAUAUUCCAAGCUCCGGUUUGAUUUACUUUGAUGUAGGUGUGGUUUCUAAGCAGUUUUCUUUGUCUUCCUUUGAGACUCCAAGGGAUUGUUUGGCUGUUCAGUUACCGGAUCUUGAAGAUGGAAGAUAUAUAGUGGAGACAGUUUCUAAGUUUACAUCAGAGAAGCUCCGGUAUCAGCCUAAUCAAGACGAUAUUGCAAGGACAGCUUCGUUAGCUCGUGGUUUGCCGUGUAGUACAGAGUCUGCAUUGUUCUUGUUCGACUGUGAUCUACGUGAGGAAGAUCGGAGCAUGAGGUUCCGGGACGAGGAGAUAGAUUUGCUAAAUUUCACAUUCCCCGUUUUAUCUGUCUAUGAAGAACAAGGAUUAGCGUUCGAGUGGCAGCCAGCAAUCCGAACAGGGACAGACUCGCAGGAUUUUCAUGACCUGAAACAAAGGCACGAUAACUCCGACUCUAUCUGA